AUGAUUGGCAUGUUGCCAUAUAACAGCCGUACCGUAACACAGCAGCAACAACGACAACGUAUUAUUGAUGAAACAUAUCCGGAACUGUCACUGGAUCAAGAGAAGAAACAUAAAGUGAAGUUACAAUACAAAACACCAUCGUUGCCCGCUACAAUCGAAGAUGCCAGCGAAGAUGAAGAGUCAACAGCCAUAAGCAAUUGCUUGUCUUCCACCAGAAUCCUUGAUGGACGUUCACCAUAUGCAUUACCACCAGAGGAACUCUUUCAGCACAGUCUUCUCGCAAAUCAGGAUUUCUUCUCUCACCCUCUCAUAAUUCCGAAGUUCGAACACCGUCCUUUAAAACCGCUUCGGAACAUAAAAACAGCCGCCGGGCUGUCACGGGGAUUUAAUGACCCUACCAUACGAAACAAACGGUCACUCUCAUUACUUGGUGAGCGCCUAAGCAGCGCAAAUUUCGAGUCACUAUCUGCAGUGUCUGUAGACUUCUUGGGCUUGCCACCAAUUCCCGAAACUGUUCCAUUGAGGAAGAUAUCAGAAAAAGAAGGAUCAAGUUUGGAUGACGAAGAAAAGGAGGAUGAGAAUUCCUUCGAAGUGUUAGGUUCAGAACGCUCCGAUUCCGGCGCAUCUGCAUAA